AUGAGCCAGAAACAUCUCAAUCAGGAUGUGCCUCGAAAGGACAAGAGAAGACACAACAUCGAGUCCAAAGUGGCCAAGAUCCAGCAGAGCUUUGCGCUGGACCGGGAUGUGCACUACAAGGAUCGCUUAACCGCGUUGCAGGCGGACCUGACCACUCUGCAUCAGGGCAACAACAGGGCGUAUCUACGCAAACUGCGGGACUUGGAGGAGGCUCGAGACCUCGAGCUGGUCAGGCUGCGCCUGUUUGAAGAGUACCGGGUGUCCCGGUCGAGAAUCGAGUUCCAGGAAGACAUCGAGAGCGCCAGAGAGGAACACGAGAGACUGGUCAAGCUGUGCAAGGAGAGGCUCUACGAGAGCAUCGAGCAGAAAAUCAAACAGCUGCAGGAAGACAGACUGCUCAUGGACGUCGCCAACGCGCACUCCUACGCAAUGGACUACAACAGAACCAAGUACCAGAAGUACACCCGGAGCCACACCGCGGGCGGCUGGGAGUCCUCGUCCAACGAGCUGGGCAGGGACUCGCCCAGCGAGAGCGCCACCGACACCGCCACCGACCGCAGGUUCCUGCGCAAGAGAGCCGCCACUAAGGUCGCCAACGCCGUCGCCGAAUCGGAUUUCCAGACCAAUUCCUCCGCAAUAGCCCUGACAAACGGGAACGGCAACAGCAACGGCAAUGGCUACGCAAGACAGUCGACUCACGACUCCAAGGCUGACGGCAACUCGGACGCAGACCUCUUGCAGACUAUCAGCGACUACGGUGAUCUGCACGCACUUCUGUUUGGCGAAAAGGACCUAGAUACCAAGAGUAACGACAAGAAAAAACACAGGACUUCCCAGAGAUACACGGCAAAGGCUGCUCCGCCUCUGCAGUCACUCAAACCCGACGAGGUCACCGACGAUAUCGCAUACAUCAGGCAUCUAACUGGCCAACCUCCAGCUCCAUUCAAGAGUCGUAUUACUGAUUGA